ACUGAUUUCAUCCAAAUGUACUUGACAAGUCAGAAGUGAUAAGUUCAGCAUCUUGUAAAUUAAAAAUCCAUAUGAUUUGUGGAAGUCCUGUUCAUCUGAACGUGGAAUAGUUUUCCUCUUGAGUGGGAGAUCAGAUGCCUUGGAGUUUUUAUGUGAGCCUGCACCAGGCCUGAGGUUCUUGAGAGAGGUCUACCUGGCUGGACUUUCCCCUUUCUCCCUACGUUUCCUGACAUCUCAGCUCAUGGUUGAUGCUCAGUCUUGGGGCACGCACAUGGGAAGGAGGAGGCGGCCCGCAGGCGGGAGCAGGCGGGCUUUCCGCGGGGACCCGCCGGAGGCAGGACAUGAGGUACCUCAGAAUUGAAUUCUUAAUACAGCGACCAUACAGAAUGAAAGAAAAAUGAUGUUCUGUUUUUCAAAUACUUGAGUUUGUUCUUUGUAGCAACAUGGUUUAUUGUGAAAAGUGAAAGAAGGACCUUUCUGGACACUUCAAUGAUAGCUAGUAGGCAUAGCAAAAUGCUUUGUUUGAGGCAGGUUUGCCUGUUUACGCUGAGACAUUACCAGGCUCGGGCUCUGAGCAGUGAUCUGCUUUUGAGCCAGAUAAAUAGCUGCACCCAUGAAGAUGAAGUGUUCAGCCUUGUUGGAAAGAACAAGGCCAGGCUGUCUGAAAAACACGUGGGAAUUGCACUGAAUGUGCUGUGGCAAUUGCAAAAGAAGAGGCCACUUCUCUUAAGGACUAGUGACUAUGUAAGAAAUCACUCCCAGUUUCUUACCCUUCGCAUUUUAGCAGAAAACAAGGUGGAACACAUGGAAGAUGAGGCCAUAGUGGACACCCUGUAUAGUAUCCUGAGGCUCAGUGCUGAAGACCAUGAUUCUCUAACAGAAGCACUUGUUACAGAAGCAUGGAAAAGAUUGGAAAGGCUUAGUUUACCAGCUCUGUCUAAAUUUGCACUGUGUUUAUACAAGCAACACAGACAUUUCAGUCCCAUAACUGGUGAAGUAGCUCAUAUUGUGGAUGUGAAACUGGAUUCUAUACAGGAUAUAAGGAUCUUGUCAGUUUUGAUGAUCAGCAUAUCUGAUGUUAUCUCACAGAGUUUUCGAGAUCGGUUACUGCUCAAGGCUGGACAGCUCUUGGAAGAAAACGAUGAAGUCCACUUCAACUAUGCCAAAAGAAUACUGCAGUUUCUUCAAAAUGUUAAACUGAGAUAUCAUCCAUUGCUAGAAAAAUGCAACAAGAUUUUCCUUAAAAGUGCCUCCCAUCUUGAUAUACACAGUAUGCAUUUUAUUUUGGGGCUGUAUGAGCAGCUGGGUUUUGACAAUGCUGAAUUCCGCUUGGUUGCUAAACAGCUGCUGUCUGAAACUAUAGAUGAUUAUGAUGAUCCUGAAACCUUUACAAAAUUAUUUUAUAAUCUUGGGCCUGUGGCAGGAUCCAAGGUAAGGGAGAGGUUGUUAGCAACUGCAGAGUACAUGGCAGACAAAUUCAGCAGUUACCAAGUAUUGCUAAUACUGAAGGCGAUGCAGAAAAUGAAAUGCAGAAAUUCUCAUCUACUCAAAAAAAUGGCUUCUGUUCUGCAUAUGCACUUGGAUAGCUAUCAUGUAUUACAGCUGGUAAAGUUAACACAGUACUUGGUGGCAUUGCGUUGCCAAAAUCUGGAGCUGAUGGCCAAACUAGAAAAGUUACUAUUUGGUUGUUUAAAAUCUAGUGUCAUACCUGCUGAUACUGCUGCAAUAAUUCGUGUUCUGGCCAUGCUUCCUUCCUUUCAAGUGGAGGAGAUCACUAUAAACAAGGCAGCAGCAGUUCUGCCUCAGUUCAGUCUCCAUCAUUUGAACUGUAUAGCUACAGCUCUUGUCAAGUGGAAUCAUUAUGACCAGUUGCACUGGCAAAACAGUUCUGAGCUAUGUGUAAAGCUUCUGCAAAAACUAAAAGAGUGUGGGUUGCAGAGGCUUCAGAAAGCCAACAACCUAAAUCUUCUGUUGGAAGAACUUACACAUGUGAAUGGAGAGUGGUUAGAAGAAGUCAUCAACGAGGAGACUAUGGCCACGUGUCAACGCUUGAUAGACCAGAUAACAUGGGCAAACGUAUUACCAUUGUCAUGUUUUCUCAUAAAAACAAACUACCGUUGUCCUUCGUUACUUGACAGAAUAGCUUCUGUGACUGCUGAAAACAUAGACAAGAUCCACCCCUCCGAAAUCUAUUUUAUCCUCUUCCUUUUCUCUGCUCUGAAUUAUGACCCUCCUGCCAAUGAAGAGUUCUUUGAGAGUUGUAUCCAACAUCUUACUUCUAACUUGAGUUGUUUUGAAACUCACCAUUUGGUGCUACUUGGUCAUGUUUUGGCAGUGGCUGGUUAUUUUCCUCCAGUUCUGAUAACGAGGAUAUUUAAUGUUUCUUUCCUAAGCCAACUGGAUGCUCAGCUUGAAGUCCUGCCUAAUCCCCUAAAGAAGAGGGUCCACAUGCACCUCAUGAAGUUGAACAGAGCAGUCUGUCUGGAGUGCCCGGAGUUUCACAUCCCUUGGUUUCAUGAGCGCUACUGCCAACGUAUCUAUCACAGCCGCAGUAGCCGAAUAAAUCCACUGCGACAGCAUGUUCACAGAAUGCUGGCAGAGAUCUUAGGAGGGAGCCAUUAUGCAAGAAUAUCUGUUCUCACACCAUACUACUAUGAAAUAGAUUUUGAGUGCGUUCUGGAUGAAAAUAAAAAGCCUCUUUCCUAUAUGGGUCAGACUGUAUCUUUGGAUGAUACGGAAGGAAUGCAUUUGAGACAUGGCUUCAAAGAUGAAGGGAGAAAAGCUUUGCCACCAGGAGCUCAGAGAAUUGCUUUGGAAUUUCUUGAUUCAAAAGCUUUUAGCAAAGAUUCACGUCACCUGAAAGGAGAACCUGCAGUGAAGAAACGACACCUGGAAAUGCUGGGGUACCGGGUAGUUCAGAUUCCUCACUUUGAAUGGAAUUCUAUGGGUCUGUCAACAAAAGCUGAACAAGUAGAAUAUCUGAGAAAGCAUCUAUAUGGAAUACAGUGAUGUCAGACAUGCAGUGAGAAGUACUUUUUUUUACACUUUCUGUACCAUUAAACUUCUUGUAAUCCUGGAA